GCGCCAUUUAAAUGUUCCCGCAUAUUCGCCAACAGUAGGCUGGCAUCAAAAGAAAAGUCCACGGAAGAAGUCGAAACAUCAGGAACGAAUGCAAAGUCUCCCAUCAUCCACUCUACUUUUUUUCCCUCCUCCUGUCUAGCCGAAAUUGAAGGCGUGUUUUCAACAAAUAACGGUCAUUUACAGGGAGCGUCAGUGUCGGAGGCUUGUGCGUUGCCAGGGCCGACGGUCGGGGAUGAUGUCACCCGACGUGGCCGGGGACGUGCUGACGUCUUCGGUUACGCUGGGCUCAAUGUCGCGAUGGCGGCGGCAUGGUUGGGGACUGCCGAGCGUUAAGCAGCCGCUGCAAUAGGAGCAAGAGCGGCGCUUGAACCCAUUCCGCUGUCCUGGGCCGUGUAUGUCGUUCCCCUCUCCCAUCAGGUCACAACCAAAAUGGCAUUAUUAAAGUACAAGACUGUGCUUUUCACUGUAAGGACUGUUACCUGUAGAGCAUGUGGUUGUUUCCAACAAGUACAGCAUUCACUAAAAACAUACUUGCAUGACACAAGAUUUCCAGACAGUCAUGCACCAAAAAAUCAGUCUCUACUCAAGCUUGCCAAAUAUUCGACCUAUUGUGGCAGGACAGAGCGAUAUUUGUCUGCAGUUGCCAGUUCAAUAUACAGAAAAGAACAACAGAGGCCAUUAUCAAGGUUUGACUUUCUGGACAUGGAAGAUAUUGAAGAAAUAAUAACCAAGGCAGAGAAGAGUAGAUAUUUCAGGAGAUUUAUUCUUAAUCCUGACCUGGCAAAUCUCAUUGUGGAAUGUCUUGAUGGUGACCUUUCUGAAAAUAAUGCUCUAAUUUUUGAGUGUAAUCCAGGGCCUGGAGUUUUGACACGUGCACUGCUGAAUGGUGGAGCACAGAGAGUUGUGGCUUUGGAGAGUGACCAGCAGUUUCUCCCUGCCUUGCAGUCCCUAGAAAAACAUUUGCAUGGACAGUUGGAGGUUGUGCAUUGUGAUUUCUUCAAACUUGAUCCAAUUGGUCGUGGCGCUGUGAGACCUCCUGCAAUGUUAUCUGAAAAACUCUUCAAUGAUCUGGGAAUUGCUCCAGCAGCCUGGACUGAAGAUAUACCAAUACGAGUAAUUGGAAUCUUACCACAAAAAAAUGAACGAAACGUGCUUUGGAAACACAUUUAUGCUCUGUUUGAGCGGAUUUCAGUAUUUCAACUUGGAAGAAUAGAAAUGAACAUAUUAAUGAGUGAGAAAGAAUACACGAAACUGACGGCAGAGGCUGGAAACCUGAAACAUUAUCAGGCAUUAAGUGCUCUGUACCAGAUGGCAUGUGAAAUACAGUUGUUACACAAGGAACCGUGGUCAUCCUUUGCUACAAAUUCUAAAAAUGGAGGAUGUGCAAUACCACGAAGUUCACUGACAAAUGAUCAUUUGUGUCUUGUGCGACUAACUCCACGCAAAGACUUGUUCAAUCAAACCGUGACAGCUGCCAAUUCAUCUACACUGGUUCUGAUGCUGAAGCAGUGCCUUACAAAGCGUAAAGCUAAAUUAAUUGACCGACUGGAGUCUUGGUGCCCUGGAAGUGGGGUGAAGUUACUUACGCAGGUAGGUUUAUCAGAGGAUAUUUUAACAGGUGAAGUGUAUCCGGAAGAAUACAAGGAACUGUUUGAAGCAAUGGAGCACUCCCAGGAUUUCAAUCAAAGCUGGCUUCAUGAUGAGAUUUUAGAGAAUAUAAAUUCUACAGUCUCACACAUCUGAAUGCAUAGCUUGGGGGGAUGGGGGGAGAAAAGUUGUCCUGCUCCUCAGUCUCUGAGUGCUGUGUGAAUGCUACCCAGAUGCAACUGAAUCCAAAUCACGAGAUACCUUCAAGUGUUUUUCUGUAUUCCUAAAAGUCUGGUUCAUUAUGAAAUGACAUUCCAUGUACACUGUCAGUGAAGACUUCAGUCUUGAUGUUGUUGACCCUAUUCAUCAAUAUAACCUGCUUAUAAAUGACAAGGAAUGUUAAUCUUGACAUUGGUCAUUCGAAUUCUUGCACAGAGAUUCAUUUCAUAAUUAUGAAGCAAAGUUCAAACAUGAAGAGAAUAUAUUGUACAGUAAUAUAGAUUGCAGCAAUCUGUGUUGCAUCAAUGUGUCCAAAUACUGUGUUUUAUUCUAUUUUAUUUUAUUGAAAUGUACUAAUAUGUAAUGUAAUCCUCAUUAAAUGCUCUUAUUCAGCAUUGAA